AUGGUGACUCUUGAAAGCCUUCCACUCAAUAUCUUCAGACAUCACAUAAUUUGCUUUAUCUCUUCUCCUGCUGACUUUCUAUCUCUCAGAACACUCAACAAAAAAUUCUUAAAGAUGUUUUCUGAUCUUAAACCUGACAUACAAUCUCUAUUUUUGCAAAGAAUUGAAGAGUUGACUUGCAUUUAUCAGCAAAUCGGCUCAUUUAACUCUUCUUCCAUGAUUAAUAUUGAUUUAUUGCUAUCAAAUCUUUUUAGCGUCAAUAAAGAUUUAUGCAAACUGGACUUCAAAAAACUGAAUAUUGCGAAAAGAGGUGUACAAGUGGCGUUGGCAAUUAUUUAUUGUUAUAUGAAAAACACUAUGAUUAUUCCUUCACCAGAAGAAAUAAGAGAACUUAUAUAUGAGCCUGAUUUUGUCACACAUUUGAUGUCCAUGACACCUGGGACAGUAGAUGAAGGGACUUUUGAGCUCAUGUCAAAAGUUAUUGAAGAAGUGUAUAGCAACCCUGAGCUGGAGAUUGAGGAUAGGAACGAAAGAACUUUAGGACAUUGGGUUCAGCUAUUCUCAAAAUACUUGGAGCAGUUCUAUAAAAUUAGGGACGUCAAAAGGCUUGGGGGAACAAUAAGAACGAAAAUUUCUUCUAUCAAAAUGUUUAUUGAAAAAGUGCAAACAAUUGAGGGUUCGUCUAUAAUUUUGUAA